AUGGCCGAAGACGUUGAGGAUCUCGGUCUCGAUGCCGUAUUCAAGGAGCCCGAGGGGUUCCUCCCACCCCCCAAACCGCCCACCUUCGCCGAGCACCGCAUGUUGUCUGGCCAAACAUUGAGGUUGAGACUUGUGGGCGACCAUCCACUUUAUGGCUACUUGCUUUGGAAUGCUGGCAGGAUCGUUUCUGACUACCUUGAAGCCCGCGCAGAUUCUUGGGUUAGAGGAAAAUCCAUUCUUGAACUUGGUGCCGGUGCAGGCUUACCAAGCUUAGUUUGUGCAAUUGAGGGUGCGAAGACUGUGGUGGUUACGGACUAUCCGGAUGAAGUGUUGAUAGAUAAUCUGCGGAUCAAUGCUGCUCGGUGCCAGGAAUUAAUCCAGUCAAACUCGCCGUUUCCGUUGUCACUCCAUGCACAGGGAUAUCUGUGGGGUGCAGACCCCAGUGCGCUGCUCAGCUACCUGGAAGCCCCAAAGGAGGGCUUCGAUGUGCUCAUACUCGCGGAUGUAAUCUACAAUCAUCCUCAACACCAUAACCUGAUCACAAGCCUACAUAUGACGCUUAAGAGAACCACGGAUGCGGUUGCUUUUGUUGUGUUUACGCCCUAUCAACCCUGGCUCCUGCAUAAGAUUGUUGCUUUCUUUCCCAAGGCCGAAGAGAACGGGUUUCAAGUGACAAAGCUGUUUGAGAAGGUCUUAGACAGUCCUUUGUUCCAAAAUGACCCUGGAGACGAAAGACUCCGGAGAACUGUAUUUGGCUACGAGCUGAGGUGGAAGCCAGAAGAAUUAGACAAUCCUAGAUCUUUAUAA